CUUUAUUCCCCCCAUCAAGACCAAACGUGCUUUCUUCCAUGUUAAGCUUCCAAUAUUCACAAUCUCUCCACUACUCUUCACUCUUCAUAGCAAGACCACAUCACUAAUUCAAUACACAGUGCUUUGUGUAUUGAAUCCAUUGGUUUUCGUUGCAAUGGCGAGUCCGAGAGAACACAUAGAGCACAUUAGAAAAACAACAUUCUCAAUAGGAGGAGAAAAGAACCCUUUGGCUCCUAUGCUUGAUCAGGCUGUCAAGUAUCUCUCUGCCGAGCUCUACACUAAAGAUGUCCACUUUCUCAUGGAGCUCAUUCAGAAUGCGGAGGACAAUGAUUACUUGGAAGGUGUAGAUUACUUGGAAGGUGUAGACCCUUCGCUCGAGUUCGUCAUAACAUCUCGUGAUAUAACAGCCACCGGUGCACCAGCCACUUUGCUGAUCUUCAAUAGCGAGAAGGGUUUUUCUGCUAAAAACAUAGAGUCGAUUUGCAGUGUCGGGAAUUCCACUAAGAAAGGCAACAGGAAACGUGGUUAUAUUGGGGAGAAAGGAAUUGGGUUCAAGAGUGUGUUUCUGAUCACUCCCCAGCCUUUCAUAUUCAGCAACGGCUAUCAGAUACGCUUCAAUGAAAAGCCUUGCCCCCACUGCAAUCUUGGAUACGUUGUUCCUGAAUGGGUUGAGGAGAAUCCAUCUCUUUCUGACAUUAAACAAAUAUACGGUUCCAAUUCAACUCUUCCGACAACAACAAUAGUCUUGCCCCUGAAACCUAACAAGGUGAAGCCUGUGAAGCAGCAGCUGUCCAGCAUUCAUCCUGAAGUGCUUUUAUUUCUUUCGAAGAUUAAAAGCCUUUCUGUCAGGGAACAGAACGAGGAUCCCAGGCUCAAUACAGUGAGUGCAAUAGCUAUUACAAAAAGAACUAAUUUCAGGGCUAGGGAGAGCAUGGAUGCCGAGUCCUACACACUCCAUCUGUCUGCGGAGGAAAACAAUACUGAUGAGCAAGACAGAGAAUGCAGCUAUUCUGUGUGGAAACAGAAGUUUCCAGUGAAAAAAAAAAACAAAAUCGAGAAGAGAAUGGGAGUGAAAGAUUGGGUAAUCACUCUGGCUUUUCCUAAUGGAAAGCGUCUCCGUCGAGGAAGGAGCUUGCCUGGAAUCUAUGCAUUUCUUCCUACGGAGAUGGUCACAAAUUUGCCCUUCAUAAUUCAAGCAGAUUUUAUUCUGGCAUCAUCUAGGGAAACAAUACUUUUGGAUGACAAUUGGAAUCAAGGAAUUCUUGAUUGCGUUCCGCUUGCUUUUAUUAAUGCAUUAGUCUCGUUAGUCAAAAUGAGAGAAGAUGCACCGGUGUCUAGUCUGCCUCGCUUGUUCCAGUUCUUGCCAAUCAAGAGUUCUCACUAUCCAACACUUAAUGCUGUGAGUGAAUCAAUCAAAGUAAAGCUGGCUGAAGAAGAAAUUGUUCCAAGUGAGCCUUUCACAGACCAGAAGUUCUUCCACAAACCAUCAGAAAUUGGUCGAAUAAUGCCUGCAUUCUGGAGUGUGUUGAACAAGGCAAGGAAGGAAGGGGUGAGAUUUGAUAAUCCUUCAUCCCAUGGCUGGCAUGUUCUGAGCUCUCACUUUGAUAAACCUGAGUAUGAUCAUAUACUUGAUUUCUUGGGUGUGGGACAUGUGAACAAUGAAUGGUAUGCAAGGUGCAUUCGGAGUUCUAAUCUCUUAAUGGGAGUCUCAGAAGAUGUUUAUCUGCAAAUUCUUCUUUUUGUGGCCAAUAAUUGGCGUACGAAGUUUUGCACCACCACGAUGGGCGACAUUCCACUCAUAAAAUAUGUAGAUCGUGAUGGUAGUGUGUCUUUGUGCAGCAUCAACGAAUCAGCUCAGAAGAACAGUGGGAGGUUGUUGUGUCGAUCACAUGAAACUCAUUAUACAUCUUGGUUGAUUGAUUGGAACAAGGAAUUUGGAUUUGUUGGAAAUAGAUUUUUCCUGCCGAAAAGUACACAGGAAGCCAUCUAUUCAUUUUCUAAGAAGGAGGCCAUCCUGCAAUGGCUUCGAGUUGAGGUGAAAGUUUCUGAGAUAAAGUUACAUGUGCCCGACCCUGGUGCUUAUAGAUGUCCAAGAAACUGCAUCCUGUAUGGUCCUGAAUGGGAGUCAAUCCUUGCAAUUACUCUCCUUCCGUUCAUUGAUGAUAGUGACAAGUUCUACGAGAAGGGUAUUCGUGAAUAUGAAAAGGAGCUGAAGAAGAUGGGAGUUGUUGUUGAAUUUAAAGCUGGUGUGAAAUUUGUAGCUGCGGGUCUUUAUUUUCCUCUGAAUCCUUGUCACAUAACUUCUGAGAAUGUGUUCUCUUUGCUGGAGUGCAUCCGAAUCUUAUUGAAAGAGAAGGAUUACUCCUUUCCUGACACUUUUCUAAAAAAUGUUCGUCGAGAGUGGUUAAAAACCCAUGUUGGCUACAGGACUCCAGACAACUGUUGCUUGUUUGAUUCCAAAUGGGGUUUGUAUUUGAAGAGCACUGACGGACCUUUCAUUGAUGAAGUGUUUUAUGGAUCUAACAUCACAUCAUAUAGGGAAGAGCUGAGCUCUAUAGGAGUUACUGUUGAAGUGGAAGAGGCAUGCCCAUUGCUAGCCAGUAACUUAUAUCACCAUUCUGAUUUUUCCACUAUUGUUCGAAUAUUCAAAUUUUUGAGCAGAAAUGAGUGGAUGCCAGAAAGUGAUGCAACCAGAAAGAUUUGGAUUCCUGAUGGACACGAGAACGGUAAGUGGGUUAAUCCAGAAGAAUGUGUCCUGCGCAACAGAGAUGGUCUUUUUGGUCAGCAGUUUAAUUUUUUGGAGGAAUACUAUGAGCCGGACUUGCUUUGUUUCUUCUCCACUGCAUUUAAUGUCACUUCUUAUCCUUCUUUUGAUUCUCACUGCAAGCUUUGGGAGGUUUGGGAAACUUCAGGAUACCAAUUAUCACAUGCUCAGUGUUGUGCAUUCUGGGAGUGUGUUAUGAGUCAAUGGAGCUCAGAGGUUGAGACAACUCUUGCUGAUGGCUUAAUGAAACUGCCUGUUCAUUCUGGCUUUGGAGAAAUUUUGUUGUUAGACAAGAAUGAUGUUUUUGUAGCUGAUGACCUUCUUCUGAAGGAACUUUUUGAAAAGCUUUCUCCUCGCCCAGUACUUGUCUGGUAUCCUCAGCCGAGCUUGCCUUCUUUGCCCCGAAGUAAGUUGCUUGAAAUAUACAGGAAAAUCGGAGUUCGCACAAUUUCUGAAUCUGCACGGAAGGAAGAACUGUCCUUGGCACAUGGGGUGAAACUCAAACCGUUGAAUCCAAGAGUCCUUUUUAUAGGAAAAGAGAUGGUUCGCCUCAUUCUUGGCUUUUUAGCUGAUCCUUCUUUAAAAAUGCAAGUGAAAAAGAGGCAUGAAGCUGUUCAGUGCCUCCUCAACAUCACUGCCCUUGUGACUGCGGAGCCACAUACUGUAAGCUAUAGUCUAUCACUCUCUUCAGGGGAGAUUGUGAAAGUAAGAGCAAGUCGAAUGAUUCGUUGGGAUAGAAAGAGUUCAAAGAUUUAUACACAGAAGCCAGACAAGGCUGGUGGACCCAAAGUUCGCAUUGAAUAUGCCACUUAUUUAGCUGAAGCCAUAGCUGAGGGCGUGUUGUGGGAUAAAGAAGAUCAUAUAAGCGCACUCUCUGAGCUGAUCAAGUUGGCUGUCCUGGUCAGUUUCAAUGAAGAAGCAGUUCAGUUCUUAAUGAAGUCCAAGAAUUUGCAGAGUUUUGGGGAGGAUGAGGACUUCCUGUCUGCUGCUUUCCCUUAG